CCCCUCCUCCGACCAGGUGAUCCGCUGAGGAUCGAUCACCGACGGAUCAGGGACAGGUGCGCAGAGAGGCCGCAGGCAACACGUUUCAUUAGUAGCUUAAUUCGGCCUCCGUUUUGUUUGUUUUAAUACCGUUUUAUUUGGUGUCAGUUUUCUAAAACUCGUCGGUGAGGACGCGCGUCGUGUCGGCAGUGAGCAGGUUCGGUGGUUCUUUUCGAGGCCGUGCUGAGCCUCAGUAAAUACCCCUCAGGGUGCCGCUCUAAAACACCGGAUUAAUGCACGUGCAGGCAAACACGGGAGAGCCUUGUUAUCCUUUCGGUUUGUGGACAGCCAAGCAACCGAGUAACACAACUUUACAGGUCUUUAUACCAACAAUGGACAGUGUGCUGCAUAAUCUGUCCGUCUGUCAAAAAGAGACGAUCAGCGUUUGUGUUCGGAAUCCAAGGCUCUGUAAAGAUGACCUCUGGCACUCGCACGUCGACUACGAGAUUUGUUUACAAACCAACAGCAUGUGCUUUCGAAAGAAGACCUCCUGUGUAAGGCGGCGUUACAGUGAAUUUGUUUGGCUGCGUCAUUGUCUGGAACAGAAUGCUCUGGUCAUGGAGCUGCCAAAGUUGCCGCCCCGGAAUCCCUUUUUCAGCCUGAAGAACACGGAGCAGGUCGUGCAGAGGAUGAAGGGCUUCCAGGAGUUUUUAGAAAGUCGACUCCAUCUGUUCCUCCAGUCGGACCUCAGCAUCACCAGGAUGUCGAGGUGUGCUCUCGGUAAGACAAAGUACACGGUGGCUGAAGCCAUACAGCGCUCCAGCAGCGGUUUCACCAGCAGAUCGGAGAAGUCCACCUGUGACUCCGACUGUGAAAGCUCUUCUUCGUCGGGUUUGGGACAUAGUGUGGACACUCAGACGCGAGGAAGCCCCGUCCCCUUCUUAGAGUGCUGACAGAGACCCACAGCUGUUCUUCAGAACUCCUUCCUCCCGUCGUUGUGCCCUGACACGCAGCCCUUUGUCCCCCUCAACCGCAACAUGGAGCUAUUGCUUUCCCUAGUCAUCUUCCAAAGAGUAAAAAAUGUUUAAUGUUUUUUUUUUUGUUGUGUUAACCCCCUUUUGGAUAUUUGUUUUAAUAAUUUCUCAAGGCAAUAUCAUGAGGAUUUAAAUUAGCUUGCCUGAAAGAAAUGUUUUAAGAAAAUGUGUAGUAAACAUUUAAAUUUCAAAUGGUGAUUUCUUAAGUAUUUACUAUGUAUAUUUUUAUUUCCACUGAAACUAUUGAGGUUAGCAAGGGAUGAGUCUUGAAUUAUUGACUUGAUUUUUAGAAAAAUAUUUUAUUUUAUGAGUUGCACAUGGAUAAAUAAAUUGUCUUUUUUUGAAAUGUUA